AUGACAUUAGUGAACUCCUACUUACAUGCCGGUUAUACAAAUAUAUUUUCAUCGUCGACAUUGUUAAAAUGUACCGAAAUCCAKGAGUACGAAUUAUUGACGGUCACCUAUGGGUUGAGUUCUGCCCCGUUCCUGGCAAUACGUGUCUUACACGCUUUGGACGCCUACGCGGAACCACUCUUUUUUGCUGCCAAGGGCGUCUUAACUAAUCAUACCUACGUCGACGACAUUGUGGUAGGACGGAAUACGGAAGCGGAAUUAAGUCAGGUGCAGAAUCACAUAUUAGGACUACUUCGAUCAGCAGGUUGUAGGCUAAAGAAGUGGUGCAGCAACAGCGCGAAGAUCUUGGAGUGUAUCCCGCCUGAUGACCGAGUUAAUUGUCCUUCCUUUGAACCUAAAGAUGAGCCAACAUUGAAGGUACUCGGCCUACAUUGGGACCCCGCUACCGACGCCUUCGGAUACCACACACACGUUAAAGACACGCCUAAUACAAAACGAGGAGUAUUGUCUGCCAUUGCUAGAUUGUUCGASCCCAUUGGUGCUCUCGGUCCGAUGUUGUUGUGGGCAAAAUCAUUCAUGCAACAACUUUGGCAGACGCACCAAGAAUAUAUUGGAGUCGUGUGGUUUAUUAUUUCCCCAGAAAAUACCAAUAGGAAAUACAAUGUUAUUAUUUGGCCUUAUGUAGCAUAA